AUGGGCUGGCAAGCUUGGGAGCUCGACCCGGAGAAGAUCCCCCUCUUCAAACUGAUCUUCCACGUUGCCCAGAUUGUUUUGGGCUUUGUAGUAUGGUGUUUGGAAAUUGCCGUCUUCAAGACUGAUAAGGUGCCCAUCAAUGGCCAGAAUGGCUGGACCUUCGCAGUGUUCUUCAUUUCGAUACCGGCGUGGAUCUACCUAGGCAUGGCCCCGCGAUUCCCUCGGACACGCAAGCUCGCGCAGCCGCAUGCCAUGGUCGCCGUUGACGCUUCUAUGGCAAUCAUCUGGCUUUCUGCCUUUUCCACCCAGGCUGCAUUCAACACUGCUGGCUCAUGCAUGUCUGUGUGCGGCAUCAGCAAGGCCAUCGUCGGUCUUGGCUUCUUUGUUUUCCUCUUCUUCUGUGUUACCACCUUCCUGAGCAUCUACACCCUCAUGUAUUACAAGUGGAACAACCGUCUCCCCGGCUACGACAACCUGCACGCCCGCAACCAGAACAUCGACCCCGACAAGGCCGCCUUUUCGCUCGCCCCCCACGACGAAGAAGCCUAUGCGCCCGUUAACGUGAACGACCGGGACGAUGAGCACAGCCAGAUUGGCGGCGGAAUCGGUGGACACUCGGACUACGACGACACCAACACGCACCUCGGCGGCCAAGUCGGCGGCGGCGGCGGACGCUCGGACUAUUCGGACCCCUACGGCGCCCCGACGGCUAGCAGCCUCUCGGUCGACCCGUACCGUGGCCACACGCCCCUGAGCCAGAUGACGCCCGACCCGUAUCGCGGCCAGACCCCUCUGAGCAUGAACACGGCCCGCACGCCCGACCCGUACCGCGGCGCCACGCCCUUGACCGAUUUGUCUGCUGACUCAUACAACCGCGGCGUGACGCCGAGCUACCUGGGAAGCCAAACCAGCCGGUACGGCGCAAGCUCGGUGGCGCCGUCGGAGAACCCCUUCAGGCAGGAUAACCCGUUUGAUAACGACAACGACUAUCAGUCCUCCGUCGGUGGCGGUAGCCGGUACGCCCCCCCUAGUGUGCAUGAUGGGGACUAUGAGGAUGAGCCAUCGACGAGAUUCCCGCAAGCCCCCUACAACCGGGUAGGAAUUGAACGGGGACAUGUGUAA